AAAUUUGAAGCAAGCUGAGACGCGGAGGCACGGCCACGAAGCUGAACCCGUCGCGUUUUCCUUGGCUACCUUAGCCACUUGAGACCAGUCAUCAUGCCUAUCCGUGCUCUGUGUACCAUUUGCUCUGACUUCUUCGAUCACUCCCGCGACGUGGCCGCCAUUCACUGCGGCCACACCUUCCACUUGCAGUGCCUAAUUCAGUGGUUCGAGACAGCACCAAGUCGGACCUGCCCGCAAUGCCGAAUCCAGGUCGGUAAAAGAACCAUUAUCAACAAGCUCUUCUUUGACCUUGCCCAGGAGGAGGAGAGUGUCUUAGAUGCAGAAUUCUUAAAGAAUGAACUGGAUAAUACCAGAGCCCUGCUUUCCCAGAAAGAGAAGGAAAAACGAGACAGCCAGCUCAUCAUUGACACUCUGCGGGACACGCUGGAAGAACGCAACACCACUGUUGAAUCCCUGCAGAAGGCCUUAGACAAGGCUGAGAUGCUGUGCUCCACCCUCAAGAAGCAGAUGAAGUACUUGGAACAGCAGCAGGAUGAGACCAAACAAGCACGGGAGGAGGCCCGCCGGCUUCGGAACAAGAUGAAGACCAUGGAGCGGAUUGAGCUCCUACUCCAGAGUCAGCGGCCCGAGGUGGAGGAGAUGAUCCGAGACAUGGGUGUAGGACAGUCAGCGCUGGAGCAGUUGGCUGUGUACUGCGUGUCCCUCAAGAAAGAGUACGAGAAUCUAAAAGAGGCACGGAAGGCCUCAGGGGAGCUAGCCGACAAACUGAAGAAGGACUUGUUUUCUUCCAGAAGCAAGUUGCAGACAGUCUACUCCGAACUGGACCAGGCCAAGUUGGAGCUGAGGUCGGCCCAGAAGGACUUACAGAGUGCUGACAAGGAAAUCGCAAGCCUGAGAAAAAAGCUAACGAUGCUGCAGGAAACCCUGAACCUGCCACCAGUGGACAGUGAGACUGUCAACCGCCUGGUUUUAGAGAGCCCAGCUCCUAUGGAGAUGCUGAACCUGAAGCUUCGCCGGCCAGCCUUCGGUGAUGAUAUUGACCUCAAUGCCACCUUUAAUGUGGAUACUCCCCCAGCCCAGCCCUCCAGCACCCAGCAUGGCCAUGCCAAGAGACUCUUCCCAGAGAAGGCACAUUCUCCCGUUCGGGACGUUCUCAAGAAGAUGCCCAAAGGCCCCAAGCAGGAGUCCCAGCUCUUGCUGGGUGGCCAGCGCUGUCUGGGAGAGCCUGAUGAGGAGCUGGCUGGUGCCUUCCCUGUCUUCAUCCGGAAUGCUGUCCUGGGCCAGAAACAGACCAAGAGGACCAGGGCAGAGCCCUGUCGCAGCACAGAUGCAGUAAGGACUGGCUUCGAUGGACUUGGAGGCCGGACAAAAUUCAUCCAGCCUACUGACAUGACUAUGAUCCGCUCACUGCCCGUUAAACCCAAGCCCAAGGCCAGGGCUAAGCAGAGACUGGGGGCCAGGACAGUGCUCCCUCCCUCCCAGGCCAAGCUGGACACCUUCCUGUGGUAGUGAGAACAGUGAGUCUGAUCAGUGGCCAGAUACAUGCCUCUGACUUAUAGGCCGAGGACCGCUGACUGGCUCGGCAGAUGGUUUGGGGGGCAUGGCCCCUCUUCUAGGACCAGCCCUGAGGACAAGGAUAAACAAGAAGAUGGGGUUGAAGGUGAGGCCCAGGAACUGUGCUUUUCCUGCAUACACACCCUGCCCCACCCCCCAUCAUACUGGAUCUACCUGUGAGAGCUGAUGUGAUCGGCUCACUGUUCCCACCAGCAGGGCUUGCUCCUUAUUCCAGGCUCCCAUUUAUAGCCAUGAUCAGAUGUGGCUGGGCUGCUUCUGGUCCUCUAGACCAGGGUUUUUUGUUGACUGUAAGGACCAAAGUGCUUGAGGCUUCUCAGGCAGCCUCAGCCAGCCCAAGCUUCUGCCUGUCUCUGACUUGCUGUUGGUCUGGGCCAAGCAGGGCGGGGAAUGGGGGAUGGUGGUAGGGAGAGGAGGGGGGCCAGAUUUCUUUGUGAAAUAAAAAAGAUAGAGUCUUUUCUUCCUGACUCUGGGAGUGUAAGUUUGCACUCACUUUGGAGAACUGUCCAGCAUGAUUUUCUAAAGCGGGACCUUCACCUAGACCCAGACCCAGCAGCUUCACCCUUAGGCAUUUGCUUGCUCAUAGGGCACAGGGAGACUGUAGCAAGAGUGAUAUCACCUCAGCUUUGUCCACAGUCUCUAACCUGGGCACAGUGCAAAGGCCAUAAGCAGGAAAGCGAAUGGGUGAACUAGGGUCUAGACACACAGGGAACUCCCAGCAAGCACAACAAAUGACCAGUGACACCCCCCUCUUCUCCACCUUUCAACUCUGCCAGCCAAAUUGCUAGCCUCUGCGUCUUAGCUUCAAAAGCACUUUCUCCCAGAAGACUUCCCUUUGAACUCCUAGCUUGGAUGAGAACCCCUAAACUUUCCUCUCUCACUACUGGAUGGGAGUUCACCUGUUUCUGCAGAUCCCAGCAUGGACCUGGCACAGGGGAGAAUGCUUCAGGCUGAGUGCCCAGCUGCUCUCCAGCAGGUGUGGAGGAGCCUUGGGCUUCUUGGGGAGGAAGUGACGCUCUUGGUUAUGGGAGUUGGACCCCUCUGGUGCUGCCUUGAGACAAGGACGGAUAGGGGAAGUGUAGCAUCAAGUUAAGGGUGCAGUGGCUGGCUAAUAGCUUUCUUAUAGAUCAGUAAUGAACAAUUCAAAUUAUUUUAU